AUGGCCAGUUCUCAGGGACUGUUGACCUUCAGGGAUGUGGCCAUAGAAUUCUCUCAGGAAGAGUGGGGAUUCCUGAACCACAGUCAGUGGGCACUGUACAGGGAUGUGAUGUUAGAGACCUAUGGACACCUCCUCUUCUUGGGUCUUGUUGUGUCUAAGCCAAACCUGGUCAUCUUUUUGGAGCAAAAGGAGUCUUGGAAUGUGAAGGGAAAGGAGACAGUAGCCACACACCCAGAUAGAUGGGAAUGA